CGGAAGCCUAUGGUGGCUUGUCUUGCAAGGCAGGCAACGUCCGUGGAAGGGAGGGCUUUGACGGAUGAUAUUUGGAAAAGGAAGGGAGUUCCCGUAGCUCAUUUGGUCAUUGCUGCUGCGGAGGCAUCGCAUAAGUGUUGACAUGGAGGCGGCCUGGUGCUGUUUCAGUGAUCAUGUUGGCUUCCGUGGCACGAUCAAGAAUUCUGCCAGCGAUUUUGUGGUGACAGAGAUCGACACGUGUGGAAGACUGGUCAGCGACAUUGGAGUCGAUUGUGUCCAGGAUACUUGUACCAUUAACCACCAACAACUCAAGUCCCAGCCAACACCCAGCAAAAGGCUAAAGAAAUGGGAAAAACCAUCAGAAAACGAUUCUGAACAGACAAGCAUUGAUAAAUCAGAGGAUUCCACAGCCGCAGGCAGCAUUGUCAGCCAGACCACUGAUUGUGGGUUGUCAGAGUCUGCACUUAAUUCUUCUCCAAUUGAAAUGAAGGGAAGUACCUUGGAGCUGCUUUUGGGCAGUUCGCUAGCCACAUUGCUGGAACAGUUUGCAAUUUCAGCUAAAGAAAGUCAGCCCACGAAGGGGGAAGAUGAGGCCACACUUUCACUUGGGACCUUCCAAGAGAAAAGCCAGCGAGCAGCUGUCCACUUGGCUGUACGGCAGAGAUUUCCCUUUCUAAAGACCAUUACCAGCAGCACUGAGAUUCAAGUCAGGCUUGACCCUCACUACUCUGAGCUCUGUCAGUUGGUGUCUGAGGAGGAAGCAGAUGGGUUGUUCCGUUUCUUGGAUUCGAAGGACAGAAGUUCCAAGUUUUCUUUUCAGCCGGAUGGAGACAAGGAACAUCGGAAGGCUGUCCACCAUUUUGUCAGCAGGUAUUUUGGGAAACUGCUGGAAACUAAAAGCUUUUCGGAGCAAGCUAGCAGGAGCCAGGGUGAUGCGGUGAUUACUGUGAGGUUUCGAGACAAAAUUAGCAGUGGCAGGAAACGAACUGAUGAAUGCCAGGCACCUUACACAGCAUUCACCCUGUGCAAGGUGAACAUGGAAACUCUGGAUGCGGUCGCUUGCCUGGCCUCGGAACUUGGUGUGGUACCGUCGGACUUCAGCUACGCAGGCAUCAAAGACAAGAAGGCUGUCACUUCCCAGACCAUGGUAGUGAAGAAUGUGACAAUCAACAAGUUAAAAGCAAUUCAGUCGUCAAUCCAAAACAAGGAUUUGAAAAUAUAUAACCUCCGUGCUGCAAGCCAGCACUUGCGAGUUGGACAGCUAAAAGGAAACCAUUUUAGUAUCAUCAUAAGAAAUGUCAGCAAGCACCUGGAAGAUGAUCCUGAAGCAAGUCUUACUGAAAGGGUAUUUGAUGCCAUUGAGAAUGUCAAGGAGAAAGGAUUUGUGAACUACUAUGGGCCUCAGCGAUUUGGCCUGGGACAGAACGUUCAAGCAGAUCAAAUUGGUUUGGCUCUCCUUAAGCAGAAUUUGGUGAAAGCUCUGCACUUAUUUUUUACACCAGAAGAAGGAAAUGACCCUGUGAAUAAGGCCAAAAGGCAUUUUAUUCAUACUGAGGAUGCCAAAACAACUCUUGCCCUGAUGCCAGAGUAUAAAACAAGAGAGCGACUGGUGCUACGUGCAUUAAAUCGCUAUGGCAACGGUCAGGAAGGCUGUACCCGGGCUUGGCUAAGUUUACCACACUACAUGCGCAUUCUGUACAUCCAUUCGUACUGCAGUAAGAUCUGGAAUGAAGCUGUAUCUUUCCGUUUGAAGACUUAUGAUAUGAAUGUUGUGGAGGGAGACCUGGUCAUCUGUGAUAAACUGGAUCUAGAUGUCUCAUCUCGAAAUAGCCAGCAGGUGCACGUGGUGACAGCCAAAGACGUGGAAUCCAACACUUACUCCAUUGACCGGGUUGUUCUCCCCAUGCCCGGGAACAGCAUCCAGUAUCCCUGCAACAAGCUAACUUUAUGGUACCAGGAUGCUUUGGUGCGAGACGGGCUGGAGGCUUGCAGGUUUAGAAUCCCUGCGCUCCAACUGAACGUUCCAGGGUGUUAUCGGCCGCUCCUAGCAUGGCCUCAGCAACUUGUGUAUCGGUGGUUGGAAGGUGAAGAAGUGCUUUGUGCAAAGGAAAACUCUGGCUUUGCUACUGGUGAAUCCAAGCUGCCGCCAGAAACAGGAGAUGCUCUUUCUUUGUCAUUCAGCCUGAAUUCGUCAAGCUAUGCAACAGUGUGUCUCCGGGAAAUAAUGAAAUGCAACAUAUAGUUCAAUGUAUGCUCUUUGGCAUCAUCACUGUUGGUAUUGUCAGAGAGGCAGUUGGCACUUUUGGUAUAUAGAGUGUUUGCUUUUGGAGACGGGGACUAUGUGUUCAUGCUUGAAGGCUGCUUUGGAAAAAGUCUGACAGGUCAGAGUUUAAGCUGCGAAAAUUGAUUUGUCUCUGCAAAAUGAGAGUUACAUUGCUUCAGAUGGAAUUGUGGCUGCAGAUCCUCACGGCCUGAAAGGCAGGAGAAAUCAAACGGAGGCGUGUUUGAGCAGGGUUGGAACUCGGGAUAAAUUGUCCAUCAGGCAUCACUGUCAUGGGAUGUUAAGCAGGUCUGCCCUCUCACCUAGAAAUACUUCAGUCCAAGGGAAACCAGGCAGCAUGAAAGGACGGGGGAUAAAAGCACAAUCACGGGGGAAUAACCACAGAGGGAACCAAGUCACGCUGAGGGAAAUGAAAUAUAUAUCUUUAAGCAUGGAAUAUGUGCCCUUUAAUUAUUCCGUGAGCACUUGAAUCAGAACUUGUUUCCAGUCCUGCACUAUAGCCUCUAUUGGCUUUGGCCAAACAACUGGUAGCUCAGAAUAAUCAGUGAAUCAGAAUUACCUUUUAAUAUUAAAAUAGGAAUGGGCAAUAUGGUCAGCUUGAUGACACUUAAAUGUGAUUUUGUGUUUGAGAUGUGCACCCUGUGGUUUACUAUUGAGGGUGCAUUGCACAUCCAACAUCAUGAUACGACCUGUUACCCUUUGCCCCUGUUAUGUAUUAAUGUGCCCUUUUCACCUCAAAUUGGUUCAAAUAUCCAACAUCCUAAAUUAAGAAGAUUAAGAGCUGAGCUAAUGGAGGUGUUAAAAUGAUGAAUGUAAAAGAGCAAAGAUAUUUCCCAUGAGUCCACAACAAAGUGCAAAUCUUAACAGUGGAACUGUACCAUCCAGUGGUGAUGUCAGGAAACACUUCCUUACACAAAAUUUGAAACUCUCCAUCCUCCAACCGUAUCUCCUAACUCCCCCAUCCUCAAAAGGUUAAGUCAGUUGAAAAUACAAAAAGUGCCGUUAUUACCUAAGGAGUUGAGUAAUCUACUGUUGUUGCAAUGUUCCCAAGGUUCAGUUUGAACUGAGACAAAAUUUGCGUGUUGUUUUUCUUUCAAAAUACUAAUUUUUUUCCACUGCAAUACUUUCAAAGAUAUUGGAUUCAUUGGAACAAAAUUAUCCAUUCUAUGGCAUGGUUGAAUGACAAAUAAAAUGCUUCCUUGAGAAGGGAGAGAGUGUGGCACUAGUACCUGGCUCUAGUAACGCAGUUAGACAACAACAAUGGCAUCAUCGUGAAGUAUUUUCAGCCACCAGUGAAGCCAUUGUGGUGCACGUGUGGUCCAGGAACUGGGGCCUGGACACAGAUUCUGCUUCAGCUCCGCACAGUCCAGCCCUUCCUCUCCACAGGAGUAUUGGCCUGAGGCCGAAACAAACCUGUGGUGUAAAUGCAGCCACAAUUACAGCAUCUGCUGGCAAUUCUCUGUGAACAGAAGGUACUUGGACCAAGGAGUUGUCGCCAAUUAAAAAAAUUAGAGGUAAGUUGCUGCUUCACAUGGAAAGAGUGGGUGGUGGGGAGGGAAGAGUUAAAAGUACAUUUGUACAGUGGCUACUUUGAGAAGGGAAACAAGUAUUAGUGGAGAAGGAAGAAUAAAGUGGGGUGUCUUGGAGGACAAAAUCGCUUGGGAACACUGGGAGGGGCAAAUACCUGCCUGGUGGUAGCAUCCCAUGAGGAGAUGGAAGCUGUGGAGGAUGAGGGCAGGGCGUGAAGGCUUUUUGGAUGUAAAAGCUGGUGGAAUGGAAAGUGAGGACGAGGAAAUCUUCUCCUUGUUCUGAGAGGGGUGAGAACAAAAGUGUGGAAACUGGAGCAGACAUGGUUGAGGGCUCUGUUAUCCGUGGAGAAGGGGAGUGCACAGUUGAGGAGAAAGGAAAACAUGGAAAGCAGUGAUGUGAUGGAGAACUGGGAAAUGGAAUGAACUCCUUAGAAGAAGCCAGCGUAGGAGGAAAUGUCAUCAAGCUAGCUGUGGGAGUCAGUGACCUCAAACUCUCAGAUGUCUGUCACUCUGUCUCCAUCUGACCUCUGCCUUCUACACUAUUGGAAAGGUGUUCUACGUGAGCUUGAGGAACAGCACCUCUUCUUGCUGCCUUCUGGAUUUAACCUUGGGUUCAACAAUUUCAGAUAAUCAGCAUUCCUAUUUUUAUUUAAGAUUUCCCGAACUUACUCCAUCUUGCUCUGGUAAUUUUGAAUAAUUGAUCUGAAUUUACAACUCCAAACUCUUGCCUGAUUUCAACAGCAACAACCAAUCCGUUGGAAGAACUCAGCAGGUCGAGCAGCAUCUGUGGGAGGAAAGGAAUUGUCUAAAUAGUACACUGCCAUCCUAUUUCACUUUGCACUAUUAGCCCUUUUGUCAUUUAAGCUCUCUUGCUUGUCAUCCUUAGGUUUCCCCCCUUCUCCACUUACUCUGAAUUUAUUACUUUGUUUCAUUGUUUUUACUAAUUCUGGUGAAGCAUUAACUCAUCUUCCCUCUCCACAGGUGCUGCUUGACCUGCUGAGUAUCUCCAGCAUUUACUGCUUUUAUUUCACGUUUCCAGGAUCUAGAGUAUUUGCUUUUGUUUUUAGUGCACCUUCUCUUGCUUUCAUUGCUACAGCUUCAGAAAGAAAUACCAGCGUUUUUAUGAUAUUGACAGUCAGUGCUGAUUGUUGCUGAUCCUGUUCCGCACCUCAGGGUCACGACCCACACCAACGCACUGCUGAACUAAAUUUAUUGAGGCUGCAAGGCUCCCAAGGUCUGCCCUAUGUUACUACCACAAUUCAUUCCAUGAGAUGUGGUGGACAUGAGCAUCGACUAGGCUGCAAUCAGCAGAAAGUAAGACCCUGUCUCUGCAGCACCUUGAUGUCCUUUGGACAGCUUGUGGUGAAAGAUCCUUUCAUUGUCUCCUGAUGAGCAGAGACAUUUAGAAAUAGUUGGGGGAAAAACUAGAUCAUUGAAAGAGAAAAUGUUGCUUUCAAAACACACAGAACUGCCAGUGAUUAAUUAUGAACAUAAAUAUACAUUGAAAUAAAACAUAAAAAGAGAAAAGGAAGAUUUGUACUUAUGAAUAAACAAAUUAGGAACAGGAUUAGGACACCUCCGGCAUUCCCGCCACUUAAUAAUAUCACAGCCGAUUAGAUUCUUUCUUUCUUUUUCAAUCUUUUUAUUAAUUUUCAAAUUAAUACAGACUAAUACAAAUAACAUCGGUAAUUAUACACGUAAUACAAAGAUCAGGAGGACAAUCAUGACAUAUAUAGUCAUAAAGAAUAAAAAAUAUAUUGUAGGCCCCAUGGUUUCUUAGUAAACGAAUAUAUUACAAAAAGAAAGUCAAAGGAGAAAAAAAAGAUUUAUUAUAUAAAAAAAAAACCCAAAUUGAAAAAAAAUUCUAAGUAAUAAAACAAACUAAAACAAAAUUCCAGAAGAAAAAAAAAGCUGGACUGAUAUUUCUCGAUGAACAAAGAGCAUUAUUAUGUUGUCACGCUGCUCCUCUAAAUUCAAAGAUUAUAAUUAGAUUUCUACUCUGUUCUAGCUGUGUUUGGAUAAUGUUGUGGGGCCAGAUAUGAAGCACAAUUCUUUGGCUCAGCCCCUGGACUCUGGCCCAUCGUGCGCUUGCCGCCAUUCAUCGACUCCUUAUCUGUGAGCCACAAUUUACACCGUUACUGAACCUGCUGUACUCCUGAUGAAAUUUGAACGCCGGACAUGCCUGUCAUUCUGCAGUUAGGUCCUUUGGAGGUUCAGCUGUGAGCUGCUGAGAGUUGACAGACAUGAGCUUGCCGUGCAUCCAUUACUGCCUGAGUAGCUGUACAGACAGGGGCUAAUGUUUCAGCAUUCUCCCAUGAGCUGGGUGAGGAGGUGUGUUAGAACUUGCUUUGAGAAUAAUAGUGUGUGGUCUGAUAUUCCUAUUUGCUCUGUAGAUAAGUUAAGGCAAAACCUCUUUCAAUAUUUACUAUGCUUUUGUACAGUUGUGCUAACUAUGUAGGUCACCAAGCUCUUGAAGCAUUAACGGGAUAGAGAACGAGUCAAAUUCUUGCGCCCAUGUAAGAUAAUCCUUUUCCUUUAAGCAGGGCCCCGGUUGACGUUGUCUUGCUACUAUUUCUAUACGUAAUCGUGCAGCUAUUUAUCUUUCACUUACUUAUUUUUUGAGAAAGGUGAGUGUUAUUUAUCUGAUAACUUAUCAAAAUGAAACCCCAUUUCUUUUCCGGUUUUUUCCAGUAACACCAUCCCAAGUAUAAAGUUGCCAUCAUGGUGCCCCAUCAGUUAGGUUUGGGACAGGGCUUCACCCAACUUGCCCCAAAUCAUUAACCAAACAGCCCACCAAUACCAAAAAAGUUUAGUUUCACCCGAUUGUAAAAGGGAUUUAAUCCUCUGCCUCAAAUUAGGCUCUAUUUGGCUUAAAACAUUUAUUACUGUUUCCAAGUACUAACAAGACUGUUUAACUUUCAAGAUCAUAUGCUUUCACAGCAGUGCAGCUGUGGCCACUUAGUUCUAGGAGGUGAUUAAUGCUUUCUAGCAGGUGUUUUGGAGAAGUGAAUCUUUAGUUUUAAGUUACUUUCACUUUAAGAUGGUGACAGCAUUUUGAAUGUCAGUUAUUGGAUGGAAACCCAGGUGUGUGUAAACAGUCCUUACCAGUGCAGUAACAGGUGUAGGAAAUGAAGACUACAUGCUGAGUUUGUGACUGCUUAUUGCAGUUAAGUUUUAAGUAGUGUUUAAACCACUGAGGAAAGUUGGCUGGAAGCAUGUAUAUUGGUUGCUUUGUUAGAAGCAUAACUCUCUCAAGGCUCUUGGCUACUUUGGGGAAAGUCAAUGAAUUACUUUCUAUAAAGAGAGGUAAGUAGGCAAUGUAAACUUUGAGCAGCAGCUGUGAAGUGAUAGAAUGCAUAAAUGUAGAGUUUAUGCAAGCAUGUAAUAAAAGCAGAGUGGUUUUAAUAGGGGAUUUUAACUUUAAUAUAUGUGGGAUAAGCACAAGUGCUCAUGUUAAAAAUGCAGAGACUUUCUGGCACAUACUUAGGACGGUUUCAGCAUUCUGUCCAAGAACCAGUGAGGAAGAGGAAGUGUUAGAUUGAAUAAUAAACCAGCCUAAUUGUACAUGAGCAUUUAUUUUACCACGAUCAUAAUUUGCCAUGCAAUAUAGUAUUUGAAAGGAAGAAAACCAAGGUGUCUAUAAGUUUUUGGAUUUAUGUCAGACUAACAUACAAUGAGGAUAGAGGCUAUUCCCAAGACAAGUCUACCAAUGAACAGAAAGAAAGUUCUGUGGGUGGUUCUUCUGGGGGGAAACUGAAAGGCUACACAGUAAUCUUCUCCCCAAAAGACCAGAGCUUUACAGCCCUCCCCCAUCCCCACCUACCCUCUCCUUUCCCCUCACUCUCCUCUCAUCACCCUCUUCCCCCUCUCCCUUGUUCACCCUCACCCUCUUUCCCACACUGAAUCCACCUCGCCCUGCCAUCAUGCUCACAGUGGACCUCCCUUCCCUCCAUGUCCACGAGUCCCAGACUUCCUCCCAGCUUCUUUGUCCAUUCUAACCCCAUCAAACCCCCUGCCCACAUUAACCCCACCAAUUUCCCCCCACCCUAGGCUUACACUAACCCUCUGCUGUGCCCCCUGCUCACUCUGACUCUCCUCCUACUACCCAAUUUGGACUGCCCAGCAGUCAUCAAGCAAGCUCUUAUUUCUCUCCCCAUCCCCUGGGAAAUGAGGGAAUAUUACAGAGGGAGGUUGAGUGUUACUGGAGCUGCAUCUAUCCAGGCAGAGAGUAUCCCAUCACAGUGCCUGGUGCUGGUGGAAAGUCUUUGGAAUAACAGGAAGUGAAUCACUUGCUGCAGGAUACCCAGCCUCUGACUGCUUAUGACUCACCACCUGACACUUCCAACUAGAAGCUCAGGACAAAGCAGCCUGCCUGAUCAGCCUUCCAUCCACCACCCUCAGCUGGCAUUCUCUCCACCACUGGUGAUGUGUGGCUCCAUCGGGUGCCAUCCAUGAGAUGCAUUACUUGCCUGUGCCACUGAAGGUCUGGGGCACAGACUUCUGGUCUGAGAUCGAUGGGUAUUUGUUGGGUAUCAAAGGAUGUGGAGCCAAGGUGGGGAGAUUUGAUUAACAAACUGAGCAGUGAGAUGACGUUCCAGGAUAUGAAAUACCUUGAGGGAGCAUUCUUGCUUAAACUCAAAAUGCUACUCCCUAUGAAAAACCCUGAAAGAUCCUGUUCUUUGUGAUCUUGUUUACUCUAUGCUAAUUUAAAAACUUCACAAGUGCUGCCUGACCUGCCGAGUAUUUCCAGUAUUUUCUCCUUUUUACCUGUACGAUUGGUUACCUGUA